AUGUGGGCCCUGGUGACGGAGCUGCUCUUCAGCCUGGUGCUGCUGGCCUUCGUGGUGAUCAGCUGUCAGAAUGUGGUGCACAUCGCCAGCGGCUCGGUGCGGUCGCUGCUCACACUGGUGCACCAAGCUCUGGACCGCGAGCUCGGGGAGGGGGAGGGGCUGGCGGACGAGGAGGAGAACGUCACCACCAGGGUCGUGCGCCGCAGGGUCAUCCUCAAGGGUGACGAGGCAGACAAUCUCCCCGGGGAACAAGUGAGCGAAGAGCACUUCACCGACGAACACGGAAACAUCGUCACAAAAAAGACGGUGAGGAAGGUGGUGCGGAGGGGGAAGGGUUCAGACGAGGGGGGUCAGGACCUGGAGGACGAGGAGCUGGAGCCGGACACAGACCAGUACAUGAGCUAUGCCAUCCUGGGCCGGGACAGCAGCAAGCCCGAUUCUGCUGAUGUGAAGAGAGGGGCUCAGAUAGUGAAAUGUGCCAGUCUACGGAGGGUUAAGCAAGUUCUCCACACGAUUCCAGCCCCUCACCUAAAGCCCCCUACAUGGACACAUGACCCGGCGCUGUCUCUGACCACUGACCAGCAGACAGCGGCCACAAACGGACCUGAGCACCGUCGGACCUUCAGCACGCCAUCACCCAAGGAAUACUACGCGGAGGUCACGGCGGCCGGGGAGGCGCUCGGAGUGCAGGCUGUGCGCACAUCUGUUGGAACAGGGCCUGCUCCGGUUUCCCCCCACCACUGA